UUUUCAUUCUAGAAAUAGGAAGCCGACGCAGUGCAGUUUACAGAACAGAACAGCAUCGCAACAAGCAGUGGGAACAUGGCAUGCAAAGGAUGCGCCGUUCUACUUUUUGGGUACAUUGCUUUUACAUUUUGCAAGCAAAUAUCUGCAUUUACCGACAACGAUCGAUUUGACUGUUAUCCUCUCGGCGUGGGUGGUGCACCAACAUCGACGAAAUGCACCAAUAACAACUGUAUUUGGAAAGCAAAGCCAAACGGGGCUGCAAAGGCCAUGCCAGAAUGCUUCUACAAUACCUCAAUCAAAUACGGCUAUGAUGUUCUCCCAGGGCAAGGCAGCAUAAACAACGGUAAAAGCCGUGUGGUUUACUUGACUCGGAAAAGUUUACUUCCUGAAAAUGGAGUCUAUGCGAACUCCAUGAAAAAUGUCUCGAUGGAUAUUGAACAUCAGACGGAAUCAAGGCUGAGAAUAACAUUUAGAGAUGCAACACGAAAGAGAUUCGAAGUGCCAGUCCAAACAAAGUUCCCCAAGUCGAAAGCAAAUGUUCAGAACCCUUCGUACAUGGUGACACAUGAGAUAUCAAAUGGACACACCUUUAAAGUGAAUCGAUACGAUGGGAAAAACGAAAAGGCUAUAUUCGAUACCGGGGUUGGUGCACUGGUUUUAGCCGACCAGUUUCUGCAGAUUUCAGCCAAGUUAGAAUCUGCCAACUGUUAUGGCUUUGGUGAGCAUGAACACCAGACGUUUAUGCUGGAUUUCAAUUGGUCUAAGUUCGGCAUGUUCUCUCGCGACCAACCUCCUGGGCCUGGUGGCAACUUGUAUGGCGUGCAUCCAUUCUACAUGUGCCUAGAAAGUGAUGGCAAAGCCCAUGGCGUUUUGCUACUCAACAGCAAUGCAAUGGACGUCACUCUACAACCGUUGCCAGCCAUAACUUUUAGAACAAUUGGUGGUGUUCUAGACUUUUACUUUUUCAUGGGACCAACUCCAGCUGACGUCAUCAAUCAAUACACAGAGCUUAUUGGACGCACCUUUAUGCCACCAUAUUGGUCACUUGGGUUCCAGCUCUGUCGUUAUGGUUACAACAGCCUCGCAAAAGUAAAAGAAACUGUUGCACGAAUGAGACAAUUUGAUAUACCACAAGAUGUGCAGUACGGAGACAUUGAUUAUAUGGAUAGGCAACUGGAUUUUACAAUUAAUCCUCAAAAAUACCAAGGGCUUGAAAACUACGUGAGAGAGAUCAAGAAAGACGGUAUACGCUACAUAACCAUCUUGGACCCAGCCAUCAGUGCAAACGAAACUGCAGGAAAAUAUGAACCUUACGAUCUUGGAAAGAAAUUGGAUAUAUUUAUCAAGGCCCAUAACUCAAGUGAACCACUAUUUGGCAAGGUUUGGCCUGAUUUGCCAAAUGUUGUAGUUGAUGAAACAAGAAGCUGGGACUUCCAAGUAAAGUACUAUAGAGCGUAUGCAGCAUUUCCGGAUUUUACACAUCCAAAUAUCAGCGCGUAUUGGGGAAAGCUCAUUGUCGAUUUUCACAAGAGGAUUGAAUAUGAUGGAAUAUGGAUUGACAUGAACGAACCUGCAAGUUUUGUGCCUGGAUCAGUUGGUGCUUGCCCGAGAAAUAAUUCCCUUGAGGAGCCUCCCUACCUUCCAGCUAUAUUUGGCAGCACAAUAUACGACAAAACCAUCUGUAUGACAGCAAGGCACUGGGAUUGCAGUUUGCAGUAUGAUAUGCAUUCGCUUUAUGGCUGGAGCCAAACCGAGCCAACGUACCAUGCUAAUGCAAAGGGUACAGGCAAACGCCCACUAGUAAUAUCACGCUCAACAUAUCCUUCGAGUGGAAAACAUGCAGGACAUUGGCUAGGCGAUAAUACCAGCAUCUGGCCACAUAUGAAGUAUUCUAUAAUCGGUAUGCUUGAAUUUGGUCUGUUUGGGAUCCCAUAUAUUGGUGCCGAUAUUUGCGGGUUCUUUCAAGAUACAACAGAAGAACUUUGCGACAGAUGGAUGGCUCUGGGCGCUUUCUAUCCUUUCAGUCGAAAUCAUAAUGGAAAAGGCUACAAGGAACAAGAUCCAGGUGUCUUUGGAGCUGCAUUCGCCAAAAGAUCACGCGAUGUUUUACACAUUAGAUACAACCUUCUCCCGUAUCUAUACACAUUAUUUCACGAAUCAACUGUCAACGGUGCACCUGUAGUCAGGCCAUUGUUUUUUGAGUUUGCAUCUGACAAGAAGACUUGGAACGUUGAUGAGCAGUUCAUGUGGGGAAAUUCGCUGCUUAUUACCCCAAUACUUCGACAGAACCAGAAUACAUCCGUUGUUGGAUAUUUUCCAAACGCAACAUGGUUUGAUUAUCAUACGGGCAAAGAGCUAGAAAAACUGAAUCGCGGUAAGAGAGUGUCUUUGAAGGUGACAAAACAGACUUUGAUCCACCUUCAUGUCAGGGGAGGCACGAUAAUGCCAACACAAAAUCCAGCAAACAACACUAUGUUCAGUCGAAGAAAUCCAAUGGGACUCAUUAUAGCUUUGAACGACCAGCAAAAAGCACAAGGAAAGCUGUUUUGGGAUGACGGAGAGUCAAUAGAUACGGUUGGAAAAUCACAGUAUCAACAUAUGAAUUUUUCCGCAGACAAGGACACUGUUAGAUUCAUUUUGACAAAGAAUGGAUACAGUGCUGCGAACAAAUUUAACUUUGAGCAUUUAAAAGUUUUUGGUACAAAAAUGUCUCCUGGCACAAAGUUGACUGUGAAAAACAAAAACUCAGUGGUGAAGGAUGCGAAGUGCUCCAUCGAUAAAAAUGGCGUUCUGAUGAUCACCGGUUUGAAACUUUCCUUAGACAAGGAGCAUUCUGUUCACUGGUAUCAAGACACUUCAAGCGGCUGCAGGAUCAGCUUCAGCGUCAUCACUUGGUUGCUUUGCACCUGUAUUUUAGGGAUUGUGUAGAAAAUGAAGCAGCUUUGCAAAAUUUUAAACACAAUCAUCUUAGUUGAUAUUUCACGCCACCAUUUUUACGGUAUAUUACAUCCUAUGAUUUUAUUGCUGUGUUUUAUAAACAUUUACACAGAUAAUCUACUGAUUUAGAUAUUGAAACAUAUAUUUUAAAAGAUUGGUUCAUCUUUUUUAAAAUAGUUUUUUCAAGCAAUGUAGUUUUCACAAA